ACAUGUGUGAAUGAACUUGGUUUAAAUUGUCGAGUAAGGACUUAAAAUUUUAGUUUGCGAAAUUUUCACUGACUAUGGGAGGUUUAAACAUUGCUGUUAUUAUUGGAAUUCUAGGUGUAAUUGUUUAUCUUCUGAGCUCACCAACAGAGAGACUUACGGUUCAACAUGUAAACAAAACGUACGACUACAUUAUAGUAGGAGCCGGUUCUGCUGGUUCCGUUGUUGCAGCGAGACUUUCCGAAGAUCCAAAAGUCAGUGUACUUCUCAUUGAAGCUGGAGGCGAGGAAACAAACAACAUAACAUUUUACAAUGCCCCACUGUUUCCGCAGGUAUUACAACUCUCUGAAUCUGAUUGGAUUUACUACACAUCACCUCAGAAGAAUUCAGGAAUGGCUAGCAUAAUUGGUGGAAACAGGCACUAUUGGCCUCGUGGAAAAGUUCUAGGAGGAACGAGCAUGUACAACAAUAUGCAGUAUGUCAGAGGAAGUAAAUAUGAUUAUAAUGAAUGGUCAAAGAAUGGAUGUGAAGGAUGGAGUUAUGACGAAGUCCUACCGUACUUUUUAAAAUCGGAAGACUUUUUAGGGAAAGGCUUGAAAGACUCAAAAUACCAUAAUGUAGAUGGACCAAUGGGCGUGAGUCUUGAAACAUUAUUUGACAAUUUUGUAAAGAGAUUUGUAGAAGCUGGAAAGGAAUUGGGAUACGAAGAAAAUAACGAUUUGAAUGGAGAGAAUCAGCUUGGCUUUGGUGUAAGUCAAGUGUCAGUGAGAGAUGGUGUACGAGCUAGUACAGUGAAAGAGUUUUUGCGUCCAGCUAUGAAACGAAAUAAUUUACACGUUGUUGUAAAUUCACAUGUUACUAAAGUAAACAUUAAGGACAAUACCGCUACUGGUAUAACCUUUAUUAAAGACGGCAUUAAGAACACUGUAAAUGCAAAAAAAGAAGUGAUUUUAUCUGCAGGUGCGAUCGGAUCACCUCACAUUCUUAUGUUGUCAGGAAUAGGUCCGAAGAAGCAUUUGGAGGACCUGAAAAUUAAGGUUCAUCAGGAUUUACCUGUUGGCAAAAAUUUGCAAGACCAUCUUUUUGUUCUUUAUCCAUCUGACGUAGUUGAUUCUACAGAAGUGCUGAAAGGAACAGAUGUCGCGAGUUUAUUUUCAUUUUUGCGAUAUCAGUUAUUUAACGAUGGUCCAUUGUCGACAACGAUGCUAGUUGGAACAGCGUUCAUCAAAUCAAAGCAACAGGUUGAGAAUUAUCCAGACAUUCAAUUUCAUAUUGCUCCUAUCCAGCCAAACUUAGAGUUUUUUAAGUUAAAUGGUACAUUUCUUAGAAGCGUAUAUCCUACUGGUAUUAAAGAUGGCUUAACUUUAAUUCCAAUUCUGUUGCAUCCAAAGAGCCAUGGCUCAAUUACACUGGCAAGUUCGGAUCCGUUUGAUUAUCCAAUUAUUGAUCCAAAUUAUCUCGCACAUGACGACGACAUCAAUACUCUUAAAGAAGCUCUAAAGAUAUCAGAGAGAUUACUCGAAACAGAAAGCUUUAAGAAAAUAGGGGCACAUUCAGAUAACUUUAAAAAUGCAGAAUUUUGUAAAAUGCAUGAAUAUAAGUCUGAAGGAUUUUAUGAAUGUCUCGUUAGGAAUUUAGCUCACACAGUUUAUCACCCAACGUCAACAUGUAAAAUGGGACCUGAUACUGACACUGACGCUGUCGUUGAUUCUACAUUGAAAGUUAGAGGAAUAAACGGUCUUCGAGUUGUUGAUGCAUCUAUAAUGCCAAAUGUCGUUUCAGGAAAUACAAACGCGCCAACAAUUAUGAUCGCAGAGAAAGCCGCUGAUAUGAUUCGUGGUGUUGACACUGUAAGACAUUUACGGAAACGAACCUAAAGAGGGACAUCUCUUAUAGAACAAAAUUAUAUAUUAUGACUGCUCAAUAAGUUUGUUGUGAAAAAUACUGUCAAAAUUCUGCUUUAAAUCUGAAUUGCCGACAAAUUCAAAUCAUUGAUAUAUUGUUUCCAUAUAUUUGAUAUACUGUUGUCAAAUAUUUGAUAAACUGUUUUCAAAUGUUUCAUGUAUUGUUUUCAAAUAUGUGAUAUAUUGUUUUCAAAUA